UGUACCUUAUUUUGUAUUAUUCAUGUAUUUUCUUGCUUUAUUUUUCUUCUUGUCCUCCAAUGUUUUAGCAUUCACAAAUAAUGUGAAUUUACCAAAAAACAAGGAGGCUUCUUAUGAUUGGAUGAUUAUUUUGGGAGGAGUCCUUCUCAUUAUCCUGAUCCUUGUUUUACUGGUUGUCAUAAGAUGUCAUGUUUCUAGUAAAAAACAAAAUUGUGAUUAUGAUCCAGUGAAUAAGACUCUUGACCAGGAAAACUGUACUAAAUCUAAUACUGCUGAAGAACCCCCUGAAGAUGAUGGCUUCAGCAAUUGCAUGGCUAAGAUAAAUACUAAUAAUAAAACUUCACUUGCAAAACUACCUGAAGAAGAAAACAUUAGUUAUUACUUGGCUAAGAUCAAUGCCAGUGACCAUGAUGAAAAAUCUAAUAUUUUUGGCAACAGUUAUCAGAAUAUAGAUUUGUAAAGCUGAUUUCUCUUCCACAUAGCCACAUUCUUGAUUAACACACAAGCAGCAGCUUAUUUGCUGCAUUAGUAAAUCCACAUUCAGUAUGAUUCAAUGAUCAUUAGAUCACUAUCAAGCAGUGUUCCCUCUAUUUCACUACAACCAUCAUCACCAUCACCAUUACCAACACCACUGUCACUACAAUCAUAGUCACUUAUGUUCUUCUCCAAGCUUGCUAACAAUAUAAUGCAUCAAUAAAAACUCAAAUCAUUACAUAUACAGGGGUUGGACAAAAUAAUGGAAACACUUUAAGAUUUCAAACAAAUUUAUUUUAAUAUCGGGUAGGACCGCCUUUGGCAGUAAUUACAGUUUGAAUUCUACAAGGUAUGGACUCGUAUAAAGUUUGAAUUGUUUCCAAAGGAAUUUUUGUCCAUUCUUCAGCUAAAACAGUCUCCAGUUCUUGUAGUGAUGAUGGUGGAGGAUAUCGACUCCUUACUUGUUUUUCUAAAAUGCACCAUAAAUGUUCAAUAAUAUUGAGAUCUAGGGACUGUGGUGGCCAGAUAAGAUGUUCAACUUCACUAGAAUGUUCCUCGUGCCAUUCAGUUACAACUUUAGCUGUGUGAAUUGCUGCAUUGUCAUCCUGAAAGAUUGCGUUUCCCUCCAGAAACAGUUCCACAACCAUAGAAUGAAUUUGAUCAGAUAAAAUGCUUAAAUAGUCUUGACUAUUAAUUCUGCCAUGAAAGGAAACCAUUGGGCUGGUGGAUUUCCAAGGUAAAGCCCCCCAGAUCAUCACAGAUCCUCCUCUAUGUUUAACAGUUGGAAGAUGGCAGCCUGGGUCAAAUACUUCUUUUGGCUGUCUCCACAUGUAUACUCGGUCGAUGGUCAGAAAUAAGGUAAAAGAUGACUCGUCCGAGAAAAUAACAUUCUUCCACUGCCCUAGGGACUAAUCCUGUAGGUUUUUACUCCACUCUAAAUGCUUUGCAACGUUUGUUUUUGAAAGCAGUGGUUUUCUCAUUGUAGCUCUCCUGUGAAAUUCGGCUUUGUGCAGCUCCUGGCAAACAGUUUUUGUGGAAACUGGGUGCUCAAGGUGGUCGUUAAGUUCUGCAGUAAUUUUGGGAGAUGUACUUCUGUGAUCCUUUCUAACAAUUUGCGUAAGAGUUUGACAGUCCCUAUCUGAAAGUUUUGGUUCUCUUCUGGAGUUUUGUUUUGACGAGGAGGUUUUUUCCUCUUUCUUAAAAGCUGUCAUUACUUCUUGAUACACCAAACAUUUCGUUACACUAGCACCUGCCAUACGAGCACCAACAAUUUGACCUCUUUGAAAGUCCAAUAGAUCUGUCGUUUUAAUGAAUUUUAAUUACCUUUUUCUGAUGAUAUCUGAAAAGAAAGAUCAAUUUUAGCAAAACACUAAUAAUUAAUCAAAAAACAUAAAAAUAGACAAGCUUUCAACGGUUUUAUAGAUGUUUCAAAAUUAUGAUGCUAUGAUGCUAGGCGUUUCCAUUAUUUUGUCCAACCCCUGUAUCUUUGAGCACAGAUCUCUAACCAUCACCAAGACCCUAUAACAAAACACUUCAUCAUAUCCUUCUUCCUCAGAACCUUAUCCCUGUUUGGGUAUUAUGUAUCUGCCUUAAUCUCUCCAUCCUCAGCUCAGUUAUAUUAAAUCCUCAGUGUAAGAUGGCUUAAAAACACUGUAGUAACGCCUUGUCUCGUGCGCAUGCGUAGUCAUCAAUAUCCAAGUUUGGCGCCCUGAUUCUUUCUCUUUCUCGGUCGGCCGGCCAUGAGCAUGGACGGGUCAAGCUGUCUCUCCAGCAUUCCAGCUCUGGGGACAGCUCAUUCCAACAUUCCGGCGUCUCAGCAACCAGUUUAAGGCUGCCUAUUUCCUCCAUAAAUAAAUAUUGCUGUGUUGAUA